AAUAUAAAGCCAACAUUAGAGUCAGUUCGAAUGCAUAUCACCUUCCCCUAGACUGGUUCACAUCACAUCUGAGAAUGGCUUUGCUCCGCGUGUUUGUUUGUCUUCUGGGACUGGUUGUCCUGUGCCACUCUGACUGCACCUUCGAAGAAUUAGUCAUCAAAGAUGUGAACAACCCCCCAAAUGGGUGUGUGGAUCACGACGGAACGCACAAGGACUUUGAUUCUGAGUGGGUCAGAGACUGCGUGGCAUGCUCCUGCACACAUGAAGGAUUGAGCUGCUGUAACAUGCUCCCUGAUCCAGCCGAGUCGGAAGUCAGUGACGAGUGUGAGCUGGUUGUGAAUGAGCAGGAAUGUUCUUCCAAGGUUGUGCUGAAGUCAGACAAGACAAAGGAGUGUUCUUCCAACUAAACACAAACCACACAACAUGACCUACACACUGGCAUUAGGUCUUCUUUCACAUUUAAUCAGCUACAGGAGUUUAGGAAAUACAUUAAAUCACCAAUAAACAAAGAUGAAUCAACCUUGCUCUUGCUUUAAAUAAAGUUAAAAACCUGCUCCC